AGCUAAACAUAAACUUGAAUCACCACAGUGCACUGGAGAAUGAGAACUGAGAAGACAAGAAGUAGCAAGUCUAUAGUUAAGUUAGCGGAGCCGAAUAGUCAAUGGCAGAUCGGAAUGGACUUCUUACUUACGCUUACAUUCUUCUUUACAUCGCCCUCUCUAGUGGCCAGAUCUUCUUUAACAAGUGGGUUUUGUCUUCUAAGGAAAUAAACUUUCCUUAUCCUCUUGGAUUGACUCUACUGCACAUGGUCUUCUCUUCUGUUUUGUGUUUUAUACUGACGAAAGUUUUCAAGGUUAUGAAAGUUGAGGAUGGAAUGACAGUAGAAAUAUACACAACAUCAGUUGUUCCAAUAGGUGCAAUGUUUGCAAUGACUCUUUGGCUGGGAAACACUGCCUACCUGUAUAUAUCUGUGGCUUUUGCACAAAUGUUGAAGGCUAUUAUGCCAGUUGCUGUUUUCGUUCUUGGAGUGGCUGCUGGACUUGAGGUGAUGAGUUGCAGAAUGCUGUUAAUAAUGUCAGUGAUCAGCUUUGGUGUUCUUGCGGCUUCUUAUGGAGAGAUAAAUAUCAGCUGGAUUGGAGUUGUGUAUCAGAUGGGUGGAGUUGUUGGAGAAGCCUUGAGACUUAUUUUCAUGGAGAUUCUAGUGAAAAGGAAGGGUUUGAAAUUAAAUCCUAUAUCUGUUAUGUAUUAUGUUAGUCCCUGCAGUGCCCUUUGCCUGUUUAUUCCUUGGAUCUUUCUAGAGAAACCAAGGAUGGAAACACAUUCAUGGAACUUUCAGCCUCUUGUGCUAACACUGAAUUCUCUUUGUACAUUUGCACUUAACCUAUCAGUUUUCCUUGUGAUCUCGCAUACCAGUGCUCUGACUAUUCGUGUGGCUGGAGUUGUGAAGGAUUGGAUUGUUGUCUUGCUAUCUGCCCUUCUAUUUGCUGAUACAAAGCUCACAGUCAUAAACCUGUUUGGCUACUGCAUUGCAAUUGCUGGCGUAGCUGCAUAUAAUAAUCACAAGUUGAAGAAGGAAACUUCCCAAGGUAGUCCUGAUAAAUCACAACCUGCUGAAUCGAUACCAUUGACUGAUUCAUCAACUUCAAACAGUUGAGAUGUAUAGUAAGGACGUAAGGGUGGUCUGCCAUGACAUUUUGUAGCUGCUCCUACACUUGAUUAAUUUUUUGGCCAGUAUGGUGCGGAAUCAAGUGGAUAUGGUAUCGUGUUAGGUGCCAAAUCGAGAAUCAUACUCACGUAAAGAACAUCUGCUGAAGGUUUUGAAAUUCCUGAUAAUGUAAUUGUAAAAUCAUUUUCAUUUCAGUUAUUUUUAUUUUUUGGAGGUGGGGAAUUGUGAAAGUGGCAUAGCAGUUACAUCAAAGCUGUUUCCAUAUUCAAAGUUGUUGACAUCAAAGCCUAGAUAUAUAGAAACAACAUGCACAGAGUGUCAAGUUUGGAUUCCAGAAGCUCAUGUGAAGACCUGUGGUUUACAUUUCAACUGUUCAUUCUCCUUCAAUGGAAAGAAAACUUUGUUAUUAA